AACCUGCUGCAUAUAUCUUGAUGGAUACAUUGACUGCUGUUAUUCAGUUUUUGAAUAUGAGAACCUGUCACAAUACCUCUGUCUUAUUGGAUUUCUGUGGUCUCUCUCCCCAGAUGGGCACACUGUUCUGCGUCAUAUCUGUAUAAUUAAUAGUGGUCGUGCAAACAAGAGUUCACUCACUGAUCAGUUCUGAAGAGGCCACAUCAUGCAGCUAAAGGACACAACGUGGACUUUUUUCUUUGUAAUGUCUGAUACCAGCCUGAGGGACACACUGGGACUUCCCCACUUGGCCCUUUCUCCAUCUGGAGAUAGCCGCAUCUCAUGAGAAUUUCUCCACCCAGAUCUCCAACCCAGCCUCCUUAAAUCUGCAGAAUGGAGAAAGCCAUUAUACAAUGGGCUACUUCAUGUGACAAAGACAUUUAAAUUGUAUUCUUUUCUGUUUUGCAAAACUGCAGGCUAGGCAAAUCUGAGGGCCCUACAACAUUUGAGCCAAAUCCUUGACCUCUAAUAUAUUAAUGGCUGCAGAAAUAAGGAUUGCCUCAAAGUUUGGGAACUAUUUGAACAGGCUUUUGUGUACAAGGACCCGUGCAGCAUGACGGAAGAAGAUUAUCAGCCUUUAAUGGAAAUGGCAAGACAGUCCAUCCCGUGCAACAAGUCCUUGUUCUGGAGCAAAACGCAUGACCUGGUGCAUCGUUACACGAAAAUAAAUAAUGAUUUCCUCACCUUGGAAGAUACUUUGCUAGGCUACAUAGCAGAUGGGAUUUCCUGGUGUGGAAACCCCUUCGAUUCAGGAGUCAACUAUGAAUCCUGCCCGAAAUGGACUGAGUGUGAAAGUAACCCCAGUUCAGUCUAUUGGAAAUUGGCAUCCAAGAUGUUUGCAGAAGCAUCAUGUGGAACAGUACAAGUGAUGCUCAAUGGAUCAACAGCAUCUGGAGCAUUCAGAAAAAGCAGCAUUUUUGGCAGUGUUGAAAUUGUUAACUUAAACCCAGAGAAAGUUUCCAAGAUGCAGAUUUGGCUAAUGCAUGACAUUGAUGGACCUCAGAGGGAAUCUUGCACAGGACAUUCCAUUGCACAGUUGAAAGAGAUCUUGAAAAACCAUAAUAUAAGUGUGUCCUGCGAAGACAAUUACAGGCCGGCACAGUUGCUUCAGUGUACUAGAAACCCCAACCACACCGCCUGCGCAGUUUGCUCCUGAAAUCAUGGGGGAAGACAGAAGAGUGAACUCUCAUCAGAUUUAGAGAGAUCCAACAGAUAAUAUGAUCAUGUAAUGCAGAGAGCUGCUUUCUACCAGAUAUUUUUAUACCACCCAAGAAGUUAGAGCAGUGUUUCUCAACCGUGGCAACUGUAAGAUGUGUGGACUUCAACUCCCCAUGGCUGGCUGGGGAAUUC